CCCCGCGCACAAGAUGGCGGCGCGGGGCGGCGGGCGGUGAGCGAGGGGCGGCAGCGGCCGCGGGCCGCCAUGACCUACACGGCCGAGCAGCUGGACGGGGUGCAGCGGAUCAAGCGGUGCCGGGAUUAUUACGAGAUCCUGGGGGUGAGCCGGGACGCCGGAGAGGAGGAGCUGAAGCGGGCGUACCGCAGGCUGGCCCUCAAGUUCCACCCCGACAAGAACCGCGCGCCCGGAGCCACCGAGGCCUUCAAAGCCAUAGGCAACGCUUUUGCAGUUCUGAGCAACCCUGAGAAACGGCUCCGCUACGAUGAGCUGGGCAGUGACCACGAGCACGUCAGCACUGGCCAGGCCAGGCACUACAAUUACUACACAGAAUUCGAGGCAGACAUCACUCCAGAAGAAAUAUUCAAUGUGUUUUUUGGUGGGCACUUCCCUACAGGGAAUAUCCACAUGUUCUCCAAUGUAGCCAGAGAUGCUCACUACUACCCACGGAGGCACCGGGCAGAGAGGGCGUGGACACAGGAGCCGGAGGAGGAGGAGCACAGGCCACAGAAUUCAUACUCUGCAUUUAUCCAGUUGAUGCCAGUUUUCAUCAUCAUCAUAGUGUCAGUUAUAACCCAGCUGAUGGCCACCAACCCACCCUACAGCUUAUUCUACAAAUCCUCCAUAGGCCACGUUGUCAGCAGAGAAACAGAGAACUUGCAGGUGCCUUACUAUGUUGAUAAAAACUUUGAAAAGAAUUAUCAAGGAGCAGAACUUCAAGAGCUUGAGAAAACAGUUGAGAAGGAUUACAUAGACUACAUCCAGACCAGCUGCUGGAAGGAGAAACAGCAAAAGUCUGAUUUGUCCAAUUUGGCCAAGCUGUACAGAGAUGAGCGGUUAAAACAGAAAGCAGAGUCCCUGAAACUUGAGCACUGUGAGAAGCUCUCCAGUCUGAUUGGGAUGCACAAAGGGGCCUGACCAGGACACAGCACACCUAAUGUACUUCUAUUUAUUGCUGUUUUCACUUAGGUUUUUAAUUUCCUCCAUGUGAAAAGGAAAGGAGUGUUGUAAAGAGUGUGGAUAUUGCAGUCCCUCUGUGCCGAGAGGGGCCAGCACGAGCUGCAGGGCUGCUGGUGGCUGUAAUAUAUCCUGUACAUUAGAUUUGGUUCCAAGGACCAGUGGCACUUUGUAAAUUCAAAACCUGGGGGGUUUGGCUGCCCUCCAGGCUGUGUGUGCUUCCCUGGAGAGCUGGCUCCUCUCGGCUUCCUGUGGAUCUGCAGCUCCCUGGAUCCCGUGCUGGGGCUGGGUGUCACCUCCCCUUGUCCCUCGGUGCCACAGAGCUGGGGUGCUUACAGUGCAGGAGGGACAGUCCCUGCCCCAGGGGAGGCACAUUCCCAGCUCUCCAAGGGAGGGCUGUGCCCAUCCUGACACCAGCACGGGAAUUGCACCCAUUCCAGACUGUUGGGGAAGCAGAGCUGUGCUCAUUCCCUCCUCUGUGGCAUAUUUUGAAGCUGGCUAUUCCAUUCUGGAUUUUAUCUGCACACUCCCCCAGCUCUCCCCAGGGCCCUGCUUUUUUCCAGUACAGUUCUCAUGUAGCAUAUUUUUACUCCGUUGAGCAGCUAUGAAUGUUUCACUGUAGACAUGAUAUUGCAAAGAAAAAGAUCCAUGUGGCAAUGUCCUGGUUUUCCUUGGUCCUCCUUCACACAGCCAGGCCUUGAAGGGCAGGUUGGUGCUGGGUUGUUCUGGUGAGCAGCAGAUCAGUGUUAGACCAGUUUUUGUUGCUCCAGCUGAGGCUGGUGUGUGCCCUGCAUGGAAUGGGCUGCUUUUCCAGGGAAUUCCUGCCCAGGGUGGGGGCUCCAGAGCAGCACUGCUCCCCUCUGCCUGGGAGUGCCAGUCAGGGACACCUGAGCAAGGCUCUGCUGUUGCCACAUGCCUGAAACUGGAGUCACACAGGGUGCACAGGUGGCCUUGGCUGAAACCUGGGGAGCAAAUGCUCAAAAGCUUGGGAAGUGCCAGGAUUAAACCUGCCUUUAAAGCUCAGACUGUCUGUGUGCAGUGCUGUAGGCGUCCUGCUGGAUGGAACUGGGGGUGUUGAUGUGUCCCCUCCAUGUCCCUGUCCCAUCCAUGCUCUGGGAGAUUUGGCAGGAAAGGAAGCUGGAAAAAAAAAAAUACAAAACCUUUUCUGAGGUCUGCAUGAGGAUGAGGGGUUGGUUUGAGGGCUGCUGCUUCUGCACAUGAGCCCUAAACAUCCCAGCUGGGAGAACGUUCCAGGUGCAGCAACAGUGCUGUGGUGGGAUGUCAUAAAAGGGAAAAAAAAACAAAAUAGUGACUCUAUAAAUUGCAUUUUUGUGCCACAUUUGUAGGAAACCUUGCAGGAACAUGUAGAAGAUGAGUAGAAUUUUUGGGGUACCUGGAGAAGCACUGGUGAAAAGGGCAUUUUGAGGAGAUUGGUGUAGACCCAACCACACCAAUUCUUAGUGCCAGAAUUUGAGGGCAAGAAUUGGUGAUGAUUCCAGUUUGGUGGCUGGCAGAGCAGGCAGCCUUAAUUCUGGUAUUUCCCACUUUGGAGCACAUGAGUGUACAAAAAGUGAAAAUAAUGUUGCUUUUUAUAUAUUAAAUAGCUCGUAGGAUAUCUUAGAAAUCUAUUGAAGUGGUCAGACUUUGCUGCAGGGUUGGGAUCUUCCUGGCAUUCCUGUGAGGCUGCAGAGGGAUGCAGGCAGGGGGAUGAAAUCCAGCCAAUUCCUGCACUCCCAAUGUCCUGUUUUGCACUGAAACCUGUCAUCCAAAGAUCUGGAGAACUCCACGGAGCCCUCCUGGGGGAAGCACAAUCGGCUGGGAGAUGCAGGAGGGAGGUAAAACAUGCCCAGAAGCAAUAAGUGUUUGUUCCUAAGCAGGGUCAGGGUGCUGUGAGGGAGGUGUGUGGUAUGGGACCUGUGAGGUGACAAACAGGACACGCUGUGUUUGUUCGGUGCUCCACAGGGAAGAGGAGAAUCCUUCCUGGAGCCCCCGAUGUGGAAAUGCAUCGCUAAAAUAAUCCAAACUUGGGAUUCUGUGGGGCUCUGACAGGAGGAGAGGCUGUUCCUGGCUGCACCGAGCGCUUGAACGCGGGUUUGUGUGUGUAUAUAUAUUUAUUUAUUUUUAAAUUAAAGCCGUGACAUCGC